AUGGACUUGGAGGUCAGUGAGCCAAUAGACUUGAGCUCUGGAGAUCAUCAACAUCUAGUUCGGAAAGCUGCAGAUGCUUAUGUUGGGGGCAAGUCUGUUCGGUCCUAUGGAACUGUACCUUCGACUCAGGAGCCACAACAAGCUCGUGGAAAUCCACACUCAAAGGCUGGUAAGCGAGCAGAUACCUAUGUGGUACAGAUUUCGCCAGAGACUACUACAGACGACAUCAACCCUGGCCCAUUUUCAGAAACAGCUGUCCGCAGAGCUUUCAUCGUAAAAGUGUUCUUCCUCCUGUCCAUUCAGCUUCUGAUCACUGGGGCAAUCGUCAGCCUGUUUGUUUUCUGGUAGGCUUUACGAUCUUGGGUGAUCAAAAAUCCCUGGUUCAAUUACACACUCUUGCCAGCCUUUUUUGUUAUAUUUAUUGUACUCGCCUGCUGUGGGAAACUCCGCCGCCAGGUGCCUGCAAAUUACAUUCUCCUGGGAUUAUUUACAGUUCUUCAAGGUUUGCUGCUAGGAACCGUGUCAGUUUUCUAUAACGCCGAGGAAGUAUUAUGGGCAACAGGAGCAACAGCUCUGGUGACGCUAUCACUCAGUUUAUUUGCUCUUCAAACAAAAUGGGAUUUCACUUUGCUAAAUGGAAUGCUGUUUGUUUUACUCUUCGUACUUAUCAUCUAUGGAAUUAUCUUAAUCUUCAUUCGAUCAUAUUGGUUGCAUCUAUUGUAUGCUGGACUUGGAACUGUGAUCUUCUCACUCUACUUGGUGAUGGAUGUGCAGCUGAUGGUGGGAGGGCGCCACCAUCAUUCUGACCUGGACCCUGAAGAGUAUGUUUUUGCUGCCCUGAACAUCUACAUGGACAUAAUCAACCUUUUUCUUUUUAUUUUGCAACUGAUUGGAAUGGGACGGUAG